UUCUUAUCAGUUAUCAUAGAAUCGUUAUCAACAUUUUCGAAUUCGAAUUUCGUAUUUUUCAAAUUUCAAUAUUUUCCUUCAAAUUUAAUGAUUAUUACAAGAAAGAAUUUUUUCAAAAUAUUCAAAUCUUGAAACUCGACCCGUCAACCGCUCACCGUUAUCGCUACAUUUGAUGUCUUUACAGUGUCCACCCGGCUUAUCGACUGGCUGACUGGCUGUAUCUGUAUGUAAUAAUUCACCAUCUUACGUCUUUUAAGAGGAACAAAUGGAACAAUAAUAUGUUCUCGCGUAGAUUUUCAAUUACAACGUUAUCGUUUCUUCUGCCUGUUUGGUUUCUCGUCGUGGAAUGUAAAACUGCGCAAGAAUGUUUACAGGUCGGAUACAACAGUACGAUUUUAAAAUGCGCAUCCUGUUCUUCGUUAUCUAAAUUCAACUUGGAACCUUUAAGAGAGAGCUGUUUACAAUGCUGUCAGUUUACCGAAGACGAACCGGCGAUUAAAAAGUUUAGCAAAGCUCGAUUAGAAAUCUGUACUUGUAAAUUUGGAGCCUAUCCUCAAAUACAAGCGUUCAUCAAGAGCAAAUUACCCGAACAACAUCCCAAUCUGCAGAUUCGUUACGUGCACGGUAGAGAUCCCAUCAUCAAACUUAUCGACGAGACGGACGAAGUAAAAGAGAUUAUAGCUAUCGAGAAAUGGAAUACGGAAACAGUAAACGAAUUUCUUAAAACUCACGUUGAAAACGACGACCGGGAUUAUUUGAAAUCGAACCUGAUUCGAUGAGUUGCGCAUUUCGUUUAUUGCAUUACGCCUUCUUAUCGUCGUGAGUCGGUGAUCCGCCUGUUUCAUCGCUUCCGUAAUUGAGGUGGCGCGGCGCGCUGUAAUUUUGAUAAUUUUUCUCUAUUUUCUCGGUGAUUUUGGUUUUUAAUCGGUAAACAGCAUUUAUACCAACCACUGGAAUUUCAUGAUACAGAAUAAAUACAUACAUACCUACUUA